AUGAAGUCUCUUCCAAAUGUGCGGGAAGCAUACAAUUUUGUCACUCAAGAGGAGAAACAACGAGAAAUUGGAAACAAUUCAAUUGUAGAAAAUUUUUCAGUAGCAGCGGUUGUCCAAAAUUUCAAGAAUUCCGACAACAAAUUUUCUAGUAACUCAUUUUCUCAUUCUUCCUCUAAUUACAACAGUGAGGGAUUAUUUUGUAGAUAUUGCAAGAAUGACACACAUAAAAUUGAGACAUGUCCUGAACUCCAUGGAUGCCCACAUGGGCACCCACACCAUGACCCCAAUUUCAAGUCCAAAGCUCGCCAGCCAAACCAAGGCAAUAGUCAUAAACAAGGACAACACAUGGACCAGUCUUCACACAAUGUUUUUCAUGCCAUCCAUGCAACAGCAAAUGCAGCAGAAAAUGACGCUGGGUCCCAGUCCAUCAAUGGCUAUAAUCCUCACGGCUCCACUUUUAUUUUGUCUUCCCAUGGGUCCAUCAACACCUCUGACAACCAUCUUUUUCAGGCCAUUAUCCCAGGACUUUCCACCGAGCAAUAUAAUCAGUUGACCAUUGCCAUGGCCAAUAUGGCCCACUUGCCUAAGGACUGUUGGAUUUUAGAUAGUGGUGCUACAAACCAUAUUACUUCAGACUCCUCUUUAUUUGUUCAAUCACAUCCUUCUACCAUACCUUCUGACUUGGCUAUGGGGAAGAUGAUUGGAUGGGGUAAGCAAAGUGGUGGCCUCUACUUCAUGUCACUAGUUCGCAAGUCCUUUGCAGUCUGUCAUACCACCGCUUCCAGUACCAUUUGGCACCACCGCCUUGGCCAUCCUUCUCUUGCAUGUCUGCGUCUAGUGUCUAAGGAUGCUCGAUUCCAUGAAACUACUUUUCCUUUUAAACCCAUCACCUCAUCUGAUCCUACCACAGUUUUUCCUCCAACUUUUCCAUUGGACCCCAUGCCUACUUCACAUCCUCUCCCUCUUGCACCAUUUUUUGACUCGUCUGUUGACUUUUCCGUUCCGGCCCCUGCCACUUCUCCUACCUCUGGCACCACCAGUCUACCUACUUCCCCAAUCACGCCCCCUAAACCAGCUCUUUUACCUACCUCCCCAGUUUCCCACUCUGAUACUCACUUGGCAGUCCAAGAUCCCAAAUGGUGGGAUGCUAUGCAAGUUGAGCUUGAUGCCCUCAUGCACAACGAUACUUGGACUCUCGUUCCUUUACCCGCCAGUCAUAAGCCUAUUGGUUGCAAAUGGGUCUACAAGAUAAAAUACCAUUAUGAUGGUUUUGUCGAAUGCUACAAAGCCCGUCUUGUUGCUAAAGGUUAUACCCAGCUUGAAGGGAUUGAUUAUGAGGAGACUUUUUCUUCCACUGCCAAACUUACUACUGUGCGGUGUCUUUUAGCAAUUGCUGCUUCUCGCAAUUGGUUCCUCCAUCAACUGGAUGUUCAAAAUGCCUUCCUUCAUGGUGAUCUUGAUGAGAUCGUCUACAUGGACGUUCCCUUUGGUCUUCGCCGAUAG